AUGGUCAUGGCGGCACCCGAUGCGCAAGAUGAUAUAUUCGAGGCCGUCGAGGACGUGGUGCGGAUCGCGUAUGGCCUGGAGGACGACGUAGAUUCUACAGACCUGCGGCGGAUCUGCAAGGAGCGUGCAAGAAUGACCAACGACUCGAAGGCGAUCCAGCUAUCGCAAUCGCUGUAUUCUAUGUAUACAUUGCGAAAGAAGCAAAACGAUAUCAGCUCCUCGAUGCACAAUGCCUCCCCGGUCUCAACGCAGCAGACGACCCCGGAUAGUAGCGUAGACCGCAGGACGGCGGUAGCGGAUGGUACAAAUACUGUUGAGCGAAAACCACGAACGUUCACAGCUCGGCUGGAUCCAAUGUUCAUGGAGGCACCCAAUGCGCGAGAUGACAUAUUGGAGGCCGUCGAGAACGCGGUGCGGAUUGCAUAUGGCCUGGAGGACAGCGUAGAUUCGACAGACCUGCGGCGGAUCUGCGAGCAGCGUGCCAAAAUGGCCAGGGACUCGAAGGCGAUUAAGUUGUUGGACGUGUUGUGUCGUGUGUAUGCGUGGCGAAAGCAGCAAAACGAUAACGCGAUCACUCUCCCAACCCACGAUGCCUUACCCGUCUUCACGCUGCCGAAGGUCCCAGGUACUAGCGUCGACCGCAAGACAGCCGUGCAGGACGGUGCAAACACGCUUGAGCGGGAACGGGCGACAUUCGCCGUGGUGGUCGGUAUCAACUCGUACGGCGAGGGCUUCAAGCUGAACGGAGCGAAUAAGGACGCGCUUUCAGUUUACGACUUCCUUCUACACGAUCUCCAGAUUCCGUCGGCCCACAUCAAGCUACUUCUCGACCACGACGCUACGCGCCAGUGCAUUAUGGACGCCCUACAUACACACCUCCUCAAUAACCCUGACAUCCGCCCUGGCGACGCAAUCAUAUUCUACUUCGCAGGACACGGGUCUAGCCACGACGCCCCCGGCAAGGGCGCUGUUGAAUACAUCAUGGCAGUGGAUGGCAAGCUCAUCUGUGAACACGAACUGCACACCUUUCUCAAGGAUCUGUCCCACGCGAAGGGCAAGAACAUCACCGUCAUUCUCGACUGCUGCUUUGCCGCUGGAUGUACGCGGGACGGCUGGUCCGCCCACCCUGGAUCGUCAGGAUUGUAUUCGGGAUCACAGAGAGUACGACGCGUGGACCCGUCCGUUGUCGCUGCGAUCCAAGGCCUACCGGGAUCGGAUUGUGCGCAUUGUUUAGCAGGCGACGAUGAUUGGGAGCGGGACAUGACGACACAUGUGCUCCUUGCUGCGUGCCGCGACUACGAGCUUGCUUUUGAGAACGCGAAGGGCGGCGCGUUCACUGUCGCGCUGUUGAGACACCUCCGAUCCGUUCCGCGAGAUACGAUCACAUACAAGCAGCUCAUGGACAGUUUUCCGAAUUUGGGUCCAAGGCAACACCCUGUCGCCGUAGGGGACCAUAGGAAUGAUACUCUUUUUCGUAUUGGGUGGCAUGACUCGCAGAAGUCGUCUUCUGCUGCUCGGUGA